GGAGGGUGUGUGCGUUCCCGCAGCAACAGGGAAGAUGGCAGCACUCACAUCUCUCACCCAGCUGUCAAGUGGGAACCCUGUGUACGAGAACUUUUAUAGACAGGUGGACCCAGGAAACACGGGGAGAGUAGGGCCCACGGAAGCUGCGUUGUUCCUGAAGAAAUCUGGCCUUCCUGAUGUCACCUUGGGAAAGAUCUGGGAUUUGGCAGACCCAGAUGGGAAAGGGUUCUUGGACAAACAGGGGUUCUAUGUAGCUCUGCGGUUGGUGGCCUGUGCACAGAGCGGACAAGACGUCAGCCUCACUAGUCUGAACCUCACUAUCCCUCCCCCAAAAUUUAAGGACACUAGCAGCCCAUCGCUAAGCACAUCAUCGGUCUCUAGUGAACCCCACUGGGCUGUGAGGCCCGAAGAAAAGAGUAAAUUCGAUGGGAUAUUUGAAAGUCUUGCACCAGUCAGUGGACUGCUCUCUGGUGACAAAGUAAAACCAGUUCUAAUCAACUCAAAACUACCUCUGGACGUGUUAGGAAAGGUUUGGGAUCUUAGUGACAUUGAUAAAGAUGGACAUCUGGAUCGAGAUGAGUUUGCUGUGGCCAUGCACCUGGUCUAUCGGGCCCUGGAGAAGGAGCCGGUCCCCUCUGUUCUCCCCUCCUCUCUCAUCCCUCCUAACAAGAGGAAGAAGUCUCUGGUUGGCUCCCUCCCUGGCACCGUGCCUGUGCUGCCCGCCAGCCCCCCGCCCCCCAAGGACAGCCUGCGCUCCACCCCUUCCCACGGCAGCAUGAACUCCCUCAACAGUGCCGGCAGCCUUUCUCCCAAACACACACUCAAAUCCGCGCAGCACUCAGUGAACUGGGUGGUCCCGGUGACAGACAGAGGACGCUUUGAUGAAAUCUUCCUGAAGACAGACUUGGAUCUGGAUGGCUUUGUCAGCGGAAUGGAAGUCAAGGACAUCUUCAUGCACUCAGGGCUGCCCCAGAAUCUACUGGCACAUAUAUGGGCCCUGGCAGACACCAGGCAGAUGGGGAAGCUGACGCGGGAGCAGUUUGCUCUGGCCAUGCACUUCAUCCAGCAGAAAGUCAGCAAAGGCAUGGACCCUCCUCAGGCCCUGACCCCUGACAUGAUCCCUCCUUCAGAGAGGGGCACUCCCGUUCCAGUGUGUACCACUCCCUCCCAUAGUAUUUCUGGGUAUGUGACCCCUGUGAGCUCUGAGAUGGCUGCUCUGUCUGAGAUGAGGCGGGACAGCUCCAGUUCUGUUGGGUCAGGGUCAGAGUUCACUGGAAUCAAGGAGCUUGAUGACAUCAGUCAAGAGAUCGCUCAGCUGCAGAGGGAGAAAUUCACCCUGGAGCAGGACAUUAGAGAUGCUGAGGAGGCCAUCAGACACAAGUCCUCAGAGGUGCAGGAGAUGCAGAACGACCUGGACAGAGAGACGUGCAGUCUGCAGGAGCUGGAGGCCCAGAAGCAGGAUGCCCAGGAGCGGCUGGAGGAGAUGGACCAGCAGAAGGCCAAGCUGGAGGACAUGCUUAACGACGUCAGGAUCCAGUGCAACGAGGAGUCUCAAAUGAUCUCAUCUCUGCAGAACCAGAUCCACUCCCAGGAGACAGACCUGCAGAGCCAGGAGGAGGAACUGAGCCGGGCUAAAGCAGACCUGAACCGGCUGCAGUUGGAGGAGAGCCAGAUGGAACAGAGCCUGACUGCCGGCAAGUUCCAGCUGGAGACCAUCAUCAGAUCCCUCAAAGCUACCCAGGACGAGAUCAACCAGGCUCGCAGUAAGCUGUCUCAGAUCCAGGACAGCCAGCAGGAGAUGAAUAAGAGCAUUGAGCAGUACAACAGCACCUUAAAUGGGACACACAGAGGCAGCAUGACCAACCUGGCUGACAUGAGCGAGGGAUUCCCCGACCGCGAGAACGGAGACUUCGGCGCCGUGGAGGACCCGUUCAAGGUGAAUACAUCUGGGUUCAAUAGCGUCCCUCAGGAGAUGCACACAGACCCUUUUCACUCCGAAGACCCCUUCAAGACAGACCCGUUCAAAGGUGACCCCUUCCAAAAUGACCCUUUUGCAAAGCAGUCAUCACUACCAUCCGCUGCAGAUCUCUCUCUCCACCCAGACCCCUUUGGAGGGGACCCCUUCAAAGAGACGGACCCCUUCAAGGCCUCGUCAGAAGACUUCUUCAAGAAGACCACCAUCAAGGCAGACCCCUUCAGCACCACCGACCCUUUCAGUAAAAGUGCCACCCUCCCCACCAAGACAAGUCAUUUUACAAGCAGCGCAGACCCUUUCUUAUCCAUUAGCCCAAAACCCACCAGAGGCCCAGGACCAGAUCUCUUUGGUACUCUGGACCCCUUUGGAAGCAGCACUGCUUUUGGAGGCAGUAACAGCUCAUUUGGCAGCAUCAGUAACAGUGGGUUCGCAGACUUCAGCCAAAUGUCAAAGAUCAGAGACCCAAUGGAAGGAAGAGGAGGUUUCCCAGAAUACCAGCAGUCGGGGUUUGUGGAGGACCCAUUCAGUAGGAAUCAGGACGGCCCAGCUCUGCCGCCCAAGAUGAGUGUUCCCCCCAGACCCAAACCUCCCAGUGGUAAAAGCAGCCCUGUCAACUUGCCUGGAGGAGCGGGUGACUUGGCCAAGCCCUGCGACCCCUUCCAGCCGUUCGGCAGUGACGCCAUCGACCCAUUUCAGAGUAAAAAGGGGGUCGGAGACCCCUUUAGUGGCAAAGACCCUUUUGCUCCUCCUGCCUCAAGUAAAGCCUCUAAAGACCCUUCCUUGGGUUUUGCAGACUUCAGCUCUGACCAGAAAAGGUUAAGUUUGGAAAUGAGGCUCAGCAACUGGAGUGGGCGAAGAGAGAGAGUGAGCGAGCGGAGCGGGAGCGGCUGAAGAGGCUCCGGCAGCAGGAGCAAGAGGACUUAGAGCUGGCCAUCGCUCUCAGCAAGGCCGAGAUGUCCCACGGGUGAUCUGGACUGGACUGGACACCCACACACACACACAUCCCACUGCACAAAAACUGGUUGAAUCAACGUUGUUUCCACAUCAUUUCAACAAAAAAUAAAUACAUGUGAUGACAUUGAAUUAACGUUGAAAACUCAUUACAUGUGUAAAAAGUCAGUAACAUAAGGGUAUUUAGUAUUUUUUUCAACUAACCUUUACCCUAAAUCCAAUCCAAUGACAUAUUUUUUGUUGAUUUCAUGUUGAGUUCACGUUAGUUGACAACUUGAAGAAAUGUAAAUCAAAACUAGACGUUGAACUGAAUUCUGUGCCCAGUGGGAUGCCCACGCACAUAGAGAUACAGACACAGACACAUAUAGACAAACACACACAUAGAGAUACAGACACAUAUAGAUAAACACACACAUAGAGAUACAGACACAUAUAGACAAACACACAGAUAGACAUACUCUUACUAGCAUUACUCGUGCACAUACACAUGCGUGUACGACUCACACACCAUACCCCAUCACACUGUGAAGGACCUGGAGCUGGCCAUUUCUCUCAGGGCCGAUGUGCCCAACACAUGUCCGCUUCCUUAACCACACACACAGACACACACCACCGCCACAACACACAUACACACGCCAUCUGAUACGCACACACAGAAACACACACCUCACCACACAAUCUCUGGAUGGACAAACUCUCAAAGCAAAAAAAAAUACAAAACAGAACUUUUGGGGUUAUACUGGGCCCUGUGGAAACCAGUGGAGUGGUGGUGUAGUGGAGGGGAAACGCAAGUAAAUGCAGUUUACCAACCUUUUUUAUUUUUUUUGUGACAGUUAAUCCACCUUUUGCGGACAAAUGCAUUACUUUUUUCACCACGACCGGUGAUCAGAGUUUACCAACCUAUUUUUUUACCACUACAUCACUGGUGGAAAUGGAACUGGAUCUGACUUUACGGUGGUAGGUUGGAGUUGGAGUGGGAGAUUGAAGCCAACAAUCACAAUCUCUCUUACUGUUUUUAAUUGAUAGGUGGGGAGGGGAAAAGAUGAUGACCCGUGGUUUUAGAAUGAACUGAUGCACUGUUUAAAUGCACUAUAGAGGCUGGCUCAACAUGAAAGAUGUAAAGAUGAACAUAAUAUGUGUUGGUUUGGUGAAUGAGCAUUAAUCGCAGCUGGAGCUCUGACAGAUGUGAAGAAGGGAAUUCCCAAAGGUUAUGCUGGAAUGCUUAUUAAGAUUGAGACAUUAUUUUAGUAUUGGUUUAUUAUGUGAAUGUGGCAAGCCAGUGGCAGGGUUCUUCUUUGACUGGCUACUGUAAGUGUUGUGUGAGAGAGAGGUCUGUUUGGACCAGAACAAACUGUACAGAUAUAUUUUCCUUCUCUUUGAGUGUGAGAUAGUAGAUGCAUUGUUUUGACAAUAAUUCAGUGCUUCUUCAGUGUGCUAGGAAGAAGGAAUAGGAAGAAGGAAUGGGUACUUAGCUGUGCCUCCUCUGAAAGUUCAAGUAAGUUCACAAAGCUGUGAUGUAUAUCAAACAACAACCAAAAAAGGCGAGAUGAGGGAAAUUAUUUCAAGUUUUAUUAUAGAGUUUUUUUAUAAUAUUUUUUUUCACUAUGUGAUGUGUUAUUUUAUUAUUUUAUGUAUUAUUUGUUAAAAGACAGAAACAUUUUGUUUAUUACGAUUCUAGUUGAAAAAAAGCUGCCAAAAAUUACAAACCUACAAGCACAAGCUGCAGAGGUUAAAGAAAGUUAGAAAUGGCCUGUGGUUUUCUUCAGCUAACCAUCAAUAAUAUGCAAAUUCAUUAGGUCACAUGAGUUUCACAGCUAUAACUGGAAUAUUCCGCUGUUUACGGUACAGUGUGUCAUAGUUUGAUGUUACAACUUGGGCUCAACCACUUUUAUUUAUAGCUGCUUUGUCUUUUACUUGAAACUCCUUGCUGAUGGUACUGCCUGCUUAGCACAUUACACCUGUGAGUUUUACUUCACUUUCACCUUAAUUAAGCUUUGAAUUGAACUGAAUAGAGAUGAUGAUAAUAGCAGCUGAGGUCCUAACCAUAUGAAAAGGACACUUACAUUAAUUGCCCCUGUGUUCUGUCUUUUCCUGUUGUACUGAACUGUAUGUGUCCUACAUUGACUUUUAUAAGCUUCCAUGUAAUGUCAUUGUUGUCACCUACUAUUGUACUAGUCUGAGUGAAAAGACCUCAUCUAACUAUAUGGAAUGUUGUGAAAAUGCAUUAUGAAAGUUACAUCCCCUUUGGGUUGGGAAAGGACAUGAUUUAAGUUACAAUUCAGUGGUAUGGGCCAUUAACGCUGCCACAAGGUUGAAAUAGAAACCAUCUCUCAACAUUUAUUUGUUAAUGUUUACAUAUCAAACUUCUUUGCUCUAGUGGUUAAAACAGUGUAAUUAUAUUAUAUGUGAAAAACCUGUUCUGGUACAGAUCUGACCUUUAACUGUGCUGCUGUAUAUAGCUGACUCACUGGGCAAAAACUGGUUGAAUCAAUGUUGUUUCCACGUUGAAUCAAUGUUGUUUCCAUUUUAACAAAAAAAUGUAUGUGAUGACAUUGAGUCAACGUAGAAAAAAGUAAUCAACGUGAGGGAAUUUGGUCUUUUGGGUUAGGGAUAGGGUAACCUAACGAAGCAGGGGUAAAUGAAACGCCUGAAACAAGAUGCACUGGUCUUGACGAGAAGAAAAAAAACUGUUGGGGGAGGUUCUCUUCUGCACUGUUCAACCAAUCCAGUAAAUGUGGAGGAGGAGUUAAGGGUACCCCUAACCCUAACUUUUAACGUAAAUCUAAUGACAUGUUGAAUUUUUGUUGUUGAAUUCAUGUUAGUUGACAACUCAACCAAAUGUAAAUCAAAACUAGAUGUUGAACUGAUGUCUGUGCACAGUGGGGAGGUAACCUGUGGUCGUCUGCAUUUGAUCCUUGACCUUUUUGGCCCUACCUGUGGUGUUUUAAUUACAGGUCAGACUCUCGAAGCUUGGGAUGCCAACACUCCCGCCCUUACCCAGCAUGCUGUAUGUCAGAACCCCUGUAGUGUACCUUCAGGUUAGGGGAAAUCCACAGUGAGGGUGUCAGCUCUCUGUUCAUUGGUCAUUUCAUGGCCCUUUUUUUAUGCCUUGAAAAUAUAUCCAUAAUUUCUUACUCCAUUCUUUGAAGUUAGCCUAGCGGUUAAGAGCAUUGGGCCAGUAACUGAAAGGUUGCUGGUUCAAAUCCCUGAGCCGGCAAGGUGGAAACAAAUCUGUCAUUAUGCCCUUAAGUAAGAUAGUUAACCCCCAACAACAACUGCUCCCCGGGCGCCGAUGAUGUCAAUUAAGAGGGGUUGGGUUAAAUUCGGAUGACACAUUUAGCUUGAAAUCAGUCAGUUGUGCAACUGAAUAGGUCUUCCCUUGAUCUGACACUGUUGGAUUGGUGAAAGAAAGGGUUCCAUUAUGUAUCCCAAUCACCCAACCAAUCAUGUCAGAUUAGGGAGACAGGAUGGAAGGAUGCAUUUUGAGAGUAUUGAAAUAGGGCCCAACACUACCUAGUGUUCUCUACAUACUUACCACUCAUGCUGUAUUUUGUCUUUGAUACCUACAUUGUGCAAUAGAUUUUAUUUAGUAUUUUUCUCGUUGUUCGUGUGCUGAAAACACCUGUGAAUCCCAUUGGACUUUUAAUAUGUCUAUGCUUUUAAUACGAGUGCCCUCUGCCCCAACUUGGCUGAGUUUGAUCAUACAUUCAGAGGUACAUGCAGAGGCCUAAUACAAGCCUAAACAGAUUGUAGAGAUUGUAGAGGACUUAUCUUUUGUUUUUCUGACAACUGAUCUGUCUUCUGAAGCUCGAUGCAUUCCUUUUUCUUUUGGUCUGCCUUUAAUUGUCUUUCCGCUGUAGAUGAGAAGAAAUAAUCAAAGCUGUCUUAAACGGUAUAUUAUGUCUGUUAUAUUUGUCCCAUAAGAAGUGAAAAAAUGUACAACUUAAAACAUUUUGAGGAUAUAUGACUAUACACUAAGAGUAAAAAAAAAAUGCUUGGAUUUAUUUUAAAUGUUAAUCCUAUGUACAUGGUCAUUGUUUACUAGAAUAAACAUUUCAUUUAAAUAAA